AUUUUCUUGAUCUUUGGUUUGAACUAGUAUUUUACCUGAUUUUAUUUCUUUUUUUAGGAAUAUGAUAGGCCGGCUCCUUCUGAACUGACCCGUCCAGGGCCGGUUUUAGUUUACAGUAGGCGGGCUAAGCCUGCCUCUUAUAUGCUUGCUACCCACAAUAGUGGGUACCACUAUUUUAAUUGAGUUCAAAUUAGUAAAGGAGGGGCUGGCUAGGGCUUUGGAGGGCAAAAUUGAUUUGGAAAGUUUGUGUUAAAUAGUAUUAGGUGUUUUAGGGUUAGGAUAUGCUUGAUUUGAUUUCUCUUGAAGUUUCUUGGCGUCUUGGGCUCUUGAAAACCUUGUCUAGAGAUUUGGGGGAGAUGAUCCUCCUCUCGAAUUGAGGAUCACUUGUAUCUUGUUUUAGUGUUUGUUGGCUUUGAUUCUCUUAUUGCAAUUCAUCGUUUUGGGGCUGAUUUCACCCAGAUUUUGCAUUAUUCUCGCUGUUUUCACCAAUUAGUGAUAGGUUUGCUUGCGAAUUCUAAGUAUUUCCCUUAGGGUUACUUGCUAACUCAAGUAUUUCCUAUCAGAAGAUUACAUAAAAAUAAUACUUUUUCACAAACUCAACUACACUGAUUUCAUUGCAAAGGUAAGCUCCACAUUACGUAAUUGCCUUAUAUCUUGUACUUAAUUAUUGAUUAAUGAGAGAAAAAAAACUGAAAUAUUCGAAUAAAAUUUCUUACUAAAUUAUUUGAGUUCCUCAAUUCAAUCAAAGAUCUAUAAUCAUACAGUUCAAAUCAUGCUGUGUGGAGUCCGGAUUUGAUCAUGUCAUUUAUAUACAUAGUGUAUAUUAAAUACGCCCUAUGAACAAAAUUGUAUAUAGAUUAUACACAGAUAACAUGAUCUAUUUUAGUUAGUGUUUAGAUGCAAGCUCUGUACAAAUUCCCCACAGAAUAAUUGAUCCCACUUGCAGAGCCCACCACGCAUCCAUCAUCCUAAAUUAUCAAUCAUUCGUCGUCUGAUCUUCUUUUCUCUCUCUCUCUCUCUUCCACCUUCUCUCCUUCUAUUCAGUUGUUCUGCUCUACCUAGAUCAGCGCCAUGGCUGACUGGUUUGUUGGUCCAGUUAUGGAGAAGCUCAUCAAUACUUGCUUUGAGUACCUGAAAGAUCAAGCCAGAUGGCAGACAGGCAUGAAGCAGGAGCUGGAAAGGCUGCAAAAGCUCCAACCCAAGAUCCAAGCUGUCGUCUUUGCUUCCAGCCAAGCACACAUCAGGGAUCAAAACCCGGCUCUCAAUAAAUGGAUAUGGAAGCUAAGAGAUGCUAUUGAUGAGGCAGAUGAUUUGCUCGAUGAACUUGAUUACAUGAAGCAUAAACAACAGUUGACCAAAAACAAGAAGCAACUAAAGGUGCGUUCAACUUUGAACUCUUUAAAGAAAAUUGGCAAACGUGCUCUCAAAAUUGAUCGCAACUUGAAGAGACUGGAGGAGGUUGUGCAGAAACUUGAGAAAGUUUCAUCUGAUGUUUGCAAUUUCCUUCCCCUUUUAGAAAGCACAAAGCAGGAGCUACAGGAGCAGCAGCUUGAGCUGUACAAAACACGUGAAACAGGAUCGAUGCCUAAAAAUGAUCUCAUCGGUCGAGGCAAGGAUAAGGAGUUUGUCAUGCAGUGGUUGAGGAAGCCAUCAAAUGAAGAUCAUAGUACUUUGUACCGAAAUAUUUCCCUUCUAUCUAUAGUGGGUCAUGGUGGUAUGGGGAAGACCACUCUUCUGCAACAUGCCUAUGAAGAUGAAAUGACUGAGGAAUUUGAUCUUAAAAUGUGGGUUUGUGUUUCCAGCAACUUUGAUGCAAAAAAAGUAAUUGCUGAUAUGUUGGAAUAUCUUGCAAAGGAGAGGCCUCGUUUGGAGACACUUAAGGUACUUCAAGAUAGUCUUCGGUUUGAGUUGAUGUCCAAGAAGUUCUUACUUGUACUGGAUGACAUUUGGGAGGAUGAGGAGGAGAAUGAUAAAAUCAAAUGGGAGAAUGUGCUUGCCCCUUUGGCUUUUGGAAGUUUGGGAAGUAAAAUUUUGAUAACAACUCGGAUGGACUCAGUUGCAUUGAUGAUUGCAAAGGUGAUUAAAAAGAAGAAGGAAACAUUGAGAUUAAUGGGCUUGGAGGAGGAUGAGUGUUUACAGCUCCUCAACAGCCAUGCAUUUGCUGAUGUAGAAAAUCCUGGUGAUCAUAAAAAACUAAGAUCAAUUGCUGGGGAAAUAGCUAAAAAGCUUUUAGGAUUUCCUUUGGCAGCAAAAGUCAUUGGUGGUGUUUUGAAUUCUAGCUUUGAUGAAAGUCAUUGGGCAAAAGUUUUAAAUAGUAAUUUCUUAAGUGCAGAAUUGGGUCAUAAUGACAUAUUUUCCAUCUUAAGAUUGAGUUAUAUGUUUCUCCCAAAGCAUCUACAAAAUUGUUUUGCAUUUUGUUGUAUAUUUCCACAAGAUCAUUGGUUCGAUAAAGAUGAUUUAGUACGAAUGUGGAUUGCAUCAGAUUUCAUUCUGCCACCUUGUAUUCGAGGAGAGGCUGCGGAGGAUAUUGGAGGAAGGUUUUCAAAUGCCAGAUUUAAUGGUUACACUUGACAACACCAUGGUGCUACUGAAAUACUCAAAAAGUGGAAAUCAAUAAUGCUUCCUUUGUUCACAUGGAUUUGGCUGACAUUUAUAGCUAUCGACAGCUUGCCCAGCAAGAAGAUGGAAAGUAUUGAGUUAAAGAGUUUAAUUAGUGUCUUAUGAAGAAACAUAGAGGGGAGAUUAUUACUAGCGUAGUCUAGACGGGAGAACUGUUCGGAUACCGUGAU